ACGUGCUGCAGCUACUGGGAUUCCCAAGCAAUGGCGACAAUUUAUACGCUAGUUGCCGAGAACACAUUUCUAGAAGCUAGGACAUAAAUUCGUCAUAAUACCAUCCGACCACCUUUUUUACUCUCACAUUCCUUCUUUACCUUCUCUUCUAUCAAUUCAUUCAAUUGAUCUGCUCAUCAUGGUUUCCUACAAGUUUACUACUCUUGCUCUUCUCGCACUUCGUGCUGUCAGCGUUUUUGCUGCACCAGAAAGUACUGAAGAUCAACGUACAGAAGCAGCAGCAGAAGGAUUCGAAACUCCCCCAACCAAUCUCGCCGUCUCAGUCGUUGCCGCAUUUCCUGAAGCUGAAAUCUUUGGGGUUAAAAUCGUCAAUGGCCAUCCUUCUCGGGCCCUUCUUACAUUCCAAAACGAUGAAGCUGAAGCUGUUCAAGUAGCUGUUAUCGGAGGCUCUUUGUCUACUCUUCAGACUCUGCCAGAAGGAACUCAUCCUAGUGCUGCUAUUGUACGCAAUUUGACCUCGACAAGAUAUGAUGUUGAGAUUCAGCCUGGUGAGACAGAGAGUUUGACAUAUACAUUCACUACCGAUUUGAAUCCUCAAGAUUUGAGAUUGAACAUUCUUGCGGUUGUGGCUAGUCAAAAGGGCGGUGUUUAUCAAAUUCAGGCUUAUAAUGAGACUGUUGCUGUUGUUGAAGCUGCUACUAGCAUUUUUGAUCCUCAAAUCAUCUUCCUCUAUCUCUUCCUUCUGGCAGUCACCGGUGGUACUCUUUACUUCGUUUACAGAACUUGGAUCGAAUCUCUCUUCCCCCAAACUCGCAAAGGUGGAAAAGGUGGCGAGCGCGCCAAGCGUUCUUCUGGAGGAAGUAAGAAGGCAGUCGAUGUUAAGGAUCAAGUCUCUGUUAUUGGUGCUGAUGGACCAGCUGUUACAACUCAAUCUUUGGCUCAACAAGCUUAUGAUGAGAGCUGGAUCCCAGAACACCACAUCAACCGUCCUUCUGCAAGACGUGUUAAGAGCGGUGGCUCGAGAAUCAAGACAAAGGUCGUUUCUGAGUGAACACGCAAGCGAGACAAGUUGCAUAUAUGAAUGGAUGAGGGAUGAAAUGGAAUGUGGGAGGCAUGGAAAACCAGGGGAGCCGGUUCUUGAUCUAAGUCGAAGCGAUCUUUGAAUUAGGUUAAUGGAGGAUUUCUUUGUAUGAAUGAAUGGAAAGCAAAAUGGAAUUUGUACUAUACAACUUUGGUGAACGGCUGGUUAAUGGCUAUUUUGGGAUCGGAACAUAGGUACUUGUCACGAUAACAAUUUUAGCAUGUACAAAUCUGUUUGAGUAUAUAUCUGCUAUUCCUGUAA